UAAUUAUAUUUCGUCCCUCUUUCGCAGAGAAAGAAAGGACAGAAAUCAACAAAGAUGGCGAUCAAUCUGGGCCGUCUAUUCUCAUCAAAGACCAUCCCGACAAUCUCCGCGGCCGAACCUCUAACUCGCGCCGGCGUCAACUCGGUGAGUCGGGUCCUGUGCUCGUCGGCGUCGCACUCGCAAACCCAGCACGAAAAACCCAGCAAGGAGCAAGGUGAACCCAUCGUAGAAAAACUCGAAAAUCAAGCAGAAGAAGAAGAAGAUGAUGAUGAUGAUGAUAACGACGAUGGGUUUGUGAAUAAAAAGACCGGCGAGAUCGGUGGGCCCAGAGGACCGGAGCCCACCCGUUUCGGCGAUUGGGAGCGAAACGGUCGCUGCUCUGAUUUUUGAGUUUUCUUUUUCUCCAGAUUUGAUCGUAUUAUGAUCAUAAUACUAUGGAGUUUUUUUUUGGAGAAUUUUCUCGUUGUUUAAUUUGAAUUUUGUGUUGCAGUGAUUUGAUUGAUUGUAAUCUGGAAUUCGAUGAGUGAAAUAAAAACAUGGGUACCCAAUAAACAUUGUUGAUCGAAAUCUCUGGUUA